AGUACUGGGAGCUGCAGACGGUGCGGACCCUGGCCAGGACCACCCCCCGCCACGGGGAGCCAAUCCUCCCGCCUCCCUCUCGCUCGCUCUCAAACCGGGGCUCACCCCCGUCACUCCCACCACCAACGACUUCAACCCCGCCAUCAACCUCACCCCUGCGCCCCCCUCGCCCAUCGCAGCCAUCAGCGACCUUUCCCCCUCCGCGAGCGACGAUGGGGAUCGGCAAAGCCGCCGGGUUCAUCUCAAGGUGGUGCUGAACAGCGGUGAGGAGCGGGGAGAGGAGGUCAGCCUUACCGAGCCAGUGAUGAUGGAGCCAGGACAGGUGGAGCUUCCUCACUGCAGCACCAGUAAGUUCGGGGGGAACUCGGCCCCGGGCAGGACCCCCAUCGCCACAGACCCUCGCCCGCUCCAAAACCUCAGCACAUACGUCCAGCCCAGCCACGAACACGAGCCAAUGAGGAACCCGGAGGCUGAGGACAGCCAAGAGGACAAAGCCAACAUGGUGAUCAUGGACGGUGUGAGUUACCGGGCACCGAGCCCCGGCACAGUGCAGGCGACCAGCAGUGGGGCCGUGGGGGCUUCUCAGGGACCAGAAGAUGACGGGCAACAUGGAGAGACGGGAGAUGUACCAGCCCCGUGGUUGUUGUCAGGUGAUGGGGCCGAGGAGGGGGAGAUUGACCGGGAGCCGAGGAUCAGACCCUCCCCCGUUGCCGAGCUCCCCUUUCGUCUGCCAACCCCCACUGGGGAGCUGCCCUCGGGGGGAGGAGCCCCCGGCACGGGGGAGGAUUUGCCAGAGCCUGAGGUCCCCCCCAAGGAGAGCGACGCUCAGCGUGAGAGCGAGUCGGAGCCGAGUUUGGAAGGUGGGGGGGCGGAGGAGGAUUGUACAGACGAGGAGAAGGACAAGGAGGGAGAGACCCCGGCACAGAAACCUCCCAAAACAGCGACCCCCGAAAAGAGGCAGCGUAAACGGCUGUCGUUACCGGCUUCAGACCGACGCCUGCGGAGCCAACAGCCCCCCGGAGAGAGACCGCAGCCCAGCUCCUCCCCGCCCCUUGAGGGCUGUAAGCAGGAACCCCCCCUCCUGGAGGGGCUCCAGAUGCCCUAUAUCAAGGUGAAGCUGCUGCGAGGCCAGAGGGAGGGGAACUACACGCGAGAGGUGGAUGUGAGCCGAGCCGUCUCCGUCCACUUCCCCGGCGACUGCCUCAACAAGUCGCUGCUGGAGAGCAUCACGGACCCGCAGAGCCAGCUGGACGAGGCGCCGGGUGGAGACGUCGGCAAAGAGGGCGUCCAGACGAGGAAGACAGUGAAGAAUGCGGGGAGGGGGCUGAGCGGGAAGGAGUUUGUGAAGCUGGUUGAGGAGGGGCUGAGCGGUGGGGGCUCCCAGGGCAGGAACAUUGAGAUCCACCUGGACACACAGGACUCCCACCAUCGCAAGGUUUCCUUCUCCAGCGAGAGCGGCGAGGCCGGCCGGCUUCAGGACUCUUUAGACGGGGAAGAGGACGACGACUCCGCAGUGAGGCUGUCCUGUGAGAACGAUGCCCACCUCCGUUCCUCCCCCAGGAAGCCAAAUCUCAAGGAAAGCUCCAAGAGUCCGAGAGGAGCCAGCGGAGAGAGAGAGAAGACCCCCGAUUUGGGUUUGGGGGCUUCACACCCAGGUAAGAAAGGAACGAAUUCCCAACCGUUGCUGGGAGAGAGCAAGGGAGAGGCGGGGCUCCGGGAGGCGAGCGAUGCAGAGCUGGAGACCCCACUGGCUGUGUUGGGAGAGAGAGAGAGCUGUGCUGCAGUUACAGAUACCAGCCACCAGGGGGAGACAGAUAACCAGUUGGAUUCCAGCGACAUGGACCUUCCCGGGGGGAGCAGACCAAAGUUCCUGGACUGGUGCUCGGAGGACGAGAACCAGGAGCUGAUCACCACCUUGAGCACCAAGUACGAGAGGCUCCACAAGGUGUGGGUGGUUCAGGCAGAGAAGGAAGGCCCGGCGUUGGCCAAAGGCAAGUGUAAGUCAGACCGGCUGAAGGAGAUCUGGAAAAGCAAGAGGAGAUCCCGCAAGGCGAGGGGAGAUUACGACCACAAGUCGUCGCCAGUGCAGAAACUCUUCCUGAACGACUUCAACCUGGUCAACAUCUGCCGCUGGUUCAUGGAGACCACCGAGACCCGCUCGCUAGUCAUCAUCAAGAAGGUCAACUCCCGGCUGAGCCCGGUGGAUAAUCUCAAGACCAAGAGCUACCUGCAGAAGCUGCCUCUGGGCGGGCUGUUCCCCAGCGCGCAGGCCGAGAGGCUGAAGAAACACCUCAAGAAGUUUGCAGUGGUCUCGCCAGCCAGGAAUAACUGGAAGACCAGGGCGCUGGUGGAGAGAGCCCGCCUGGGGCUGGGCGAGGAGCAGAGCGACCGAGAGAACUUCUUGCUGGACUCCACAGAGGGGAUGGUUCCCAGGAACCUCUUCCCCUCACAGGCUCGAGGAGGGGGAGGCCAGGCUGGAGAUGUCAGCCAUCUGCGUGUCAACAAGAAAGUCUCGCCUCCCAAACCCCUGGGGCUGAAGAAGCCAGUGAGCAGCUGGAUCCUCAGGAAAUAUUCCAACAUGAGAGACAAACUCCGAGCUCAACAUAGGUUCAAGCCCUCCCCUGCCGAGCCCAGACACAAGAGUGUGUGUAUGAAUCCCCUGGUCUCCCCCAAGCUGACCUCCCAAACCCAGCUGGACUCGUGCAGAGAACCUCCUCCACCCCGGCCAGAGGAGAGCAGGGGCAGAGGGAAAGCGGUGAGGAGGAGGGGAAGGCAGCUCGGCCGGAGUAGGCCCGAGACAGAGCCUGCUGCCCAGACUGCCAAACCCGGGACAAAGGUCGCGAGCGGCAAGUCCCGGGUCAAAGGGCGGCUGGUUGGCUCCAGAUCGUCCGUCGCGGUCGCUGCCGGGAACCAGGGCGGCAAGAGAGCGACAGCGCGUCGCUCGCCCAGCCCGGCUGUGAAGGCCUCGCCGCGGACGAGAGAAUAA